AAAUCCGCUCAGCUUCUGCAAUGUGGCCUGCCUGAAACUUGGGCGCUCCUUCAGUGUGGGUGUUGAUGGCAGGACAGAGGAGCAUCUGGACCAUGGGUGACGUGGUAGAGAAGAGUUUGGAAGGGCCCCUGGCACCCUCUACAGAUGAGUCCUCCCCCAAAAAGGGAGAUCUUGUGGAAAUCUUAAAUGGGGAUAAGGUCAAAUUUGACGACGCGGGACUCUCCUUAAUUCUUCAGAAUGGCCUGGAGACGCUCCGAGUGGAAAAUGCUCUGACAGAUGUCGUCUUGUGUGUGGACAUUCAGGAAUUCUCCUGUCACCGCGUGGUGCUUGCUGCGGCCAGCAACUAUUUCAGGGCCAUGUUCUGCAAUGAUUUAAAGGAAAAAUAUGAGAAGAGGAUCAUUAUUAAAGGGGUUGAUGCUGAGACCAUGCACACUCUCCUGGACUACACGUACACCAGCAAGGCACUGAUCACCAAGCAGAAUGUCCAGCGGGUCCUGGAAGCUGCUAACCUCUUCCAGUUCCUGCGGAUGGUGGAUGCCUGUGCCAGCUUCCUCACUGAAGCCUUGAACCCAGAAAACUGCAUUGGAAUCCUGAGGCUGGCAGACACACACUCCCUGGACAAUCUAAAGAAGCAGGUUCAAAGUUACAUCAUUCAAAAUUUCAUGCAGAUUCUGAACUCUGAGGAAUUCCUUGAACUUCCUGUGGACACUCUGUACCACAUCUUGAAGAGUGACGACCUUUACGUUACUGAGGAGGCGCAAGUGUUUGAGACUGUGAUGAGCUGGGUCCGGCACAAACAGUCAGAACGACUCUGCUUGCUCCCCUAUGUCCUUGAGAAUGUGCGCUUACCGCUUCUGGACCCAUGGUACUUUGUGGAGACGGUGGAAGCAGAUCCUCUCAUCAGGCAGUGCCCAGAGGUCUUUCCGCUGCUCCAGGAAGCCAGGAUGUACCACCUUUCUGGCAAUGAGAUCAUUUCGGAGCGCACCAAGCCCAGGAUGCAUGAGUUCCAGUCUGAGGUGUUCAUGAUCAUUGGUGGCUGCACGAAGGAUGAGAGGUUUGUGGCAGAGGUCACCUGCUUGGACCCCCUGAGGCGCAGUCGCCUAGAGGUGGCUAAGCUCCCACUAACGGAGCAUGAGCUGGACAUCGAGAACAAGAAGUGGGUGGAGUUCGCGUGCGUGACAUUGAAAAAUGAGGUCUACAUCUCAGGUGGCAAAGAAACACAGCAUGAUGUUUGGAAGUAUAAUUCCUCCAUCAACAAAUGGAUUCAGAUUGAGUAUUUAAACAUAGGCCGCUGGAGGCAUAAGAUGGUGGUGCUGGGAGGCAGGGUCUAUGUGAUCGGUGGCUUCGAUGGCUUACAGAGGAUCAACAACGUGGAGACCUACGACCCCUUCCAUAACUGCUGGUCAGAGGCUGCGCCUCUCCUUGUCCAUGUCAGUUCCUUCGCAGCCACCAGCCACAAGAAGAAGCUCUAUGUGAUUGGGGGAGGGCCCAAUGGGAAACUGGCCACGGACAAGACCCAGUGCUAUGACCCUUCAACCAAUAAGUGGAGUUUAAAGUCGGCCAUGCCGGUGGAGGCCAAGUGCAUCAAUGCAGUGAGUUUCCGGGACCUCAUCUACGUGGUUGGUGGGGCCAUGAGAGCGCUGUAUGCCUACAGCCCCCUGGAAGACGGCUGGUGCCUGGUGACCCAGCUCAGCCACGAGCGGGCCAGCUGCGGCAUCGCGCCCUGCAACAACCGGCUCUACAUCACCGGCGGCCGCGACGAGAAGAACGAGGUCAUCGCCACGGUGCUGUGCUGGGACCCCGAGGCCCAGAAGCUGACGGAGGAGUGCGUCCUGCCCCGCGGGGUGUCCCACCACGGCAGCGUCACCAUCAGGAAGUCUUACACCCACAUCCGGAGGAUCGUGCCCGGCGCGGUGUCUGUCUGACUGCGGGAGGGGAGGCUGGGGACACACCCGGGUGGCCCCUGGCCCUCCCUCGGCACCUCCCACCCUCGGCCUGGCCCCCUUCGGACAGCAGGCUCGGCCUGAGUUUGAGGCCACACACGUCAGGGGCCCUUGGCGGCUCACCUUGGGGACGCACCUUGGCAGUCGCAGCUUUGGGUCGCUUGAGACCAGCCAGGAAUGCUUGCGUGACCUACCUCCAGAGGGAAGGCGGAGGAGAACUAUUUGACAUCGACACGCCUACCCUCCGCCUGGCUCUAUGCCAGGCACUUUGGUAUAUCAAGGCAUUUCACCCCCAUAAUGACCUGGCGAUGGGAUGUUAUCACUCUUGUUUUACAGGUGAGAAAAAAAUCGAGUUUUAGAGAGGCAAAGUGGCUUGCCCUAGCUCGCUCAGAGAGUGAGAAGCUAAGCCACUAAACCGGGAGGUCCAAAAUCCAGGUCUCUCAGCUGCAGAGUCAAUGCGCUUUCCACCAUGACGCCUAACUCCAAGCAGG